CGAAGAGGGUGAGGGUGCAGGUGCCUAGUGAUGCGGUUGAAGCGGGUGUUGAUGCUGUUGAGUUGCCGGAGUUGGGCGAGAAUGGUAGGCUGCGGGAUGUCGCUGACAGGUCGUAUGCCUUUACUGACGAGGUUCGAAGGCGACAAUCUCCUGCGCAGCAUCUAUCUCAUUCAUACGCUUCUGAAGAGCCGGCAGCGCGUUGAGGCAACCCCACUGACUUGCCAUCUCAGCCGCGCUGCAUCAUCGUUGCAGCUUACGAUUAAGGAAGCCGUGAGAAUUAGCUUCAUACUUACGUCAACUGACGCCACCGUCCUCAAGAGAACCUUGACGGGCGGAGCCAGAGCCUUUGCGAUGCUCAUCGUCGGUUUCAACCGCGUCAACGAUGCCACGGACGGUGCCGACAUGCAGGGACAGCUCGUCUACGCCUACGUUAAGAUGUUCGCGGACUUACUGGAUACGUUCAGCGCCGCCCCUGAGGCCGAGCUAAACCGCGUCGGUUCGGAGGACGGUUCGUCCGGCACUGGGAAGCGACCCACGAGCAGCAAAGGCAAGAGCUCGAGAGCUCAGAAACCGAAGCAGCUCGGUGCCAGAGACAUGCCGUCUUUGAACGCCAUGACGAGCUUUCUCUGCGGUAUGCUCGCUCUUUUGGACGCCACGUCCGAAGGUCAUGGUCAGAUGUUCGAAGGCUUCGCCUAUUGCGUGUUGACGAAGCUGGGUGCAUGCCUGUAUACCUGCGUCUUUGGACAGUCCCGAGGGGACGGUAUCGAAGCGGAGAUCAUGGCGAACAACCAAACCAGUGGUGAGACUACUCAUGACGAGCCUCAUCUCGCAGCGAAGCAAGACAGCCCUGAGCUUCAACAAGCGAGAAUGCAAGCACCCUACCUCCUCCACCUCCUCACCCGCCUCAUGACCCUCGCCCCCACCCACCUCGGCAGCAGCAUGCUCACCAAAACCGGCAAACCGCGACACAUCGCCGCGAAGAACGUGUCGAAAGCUUCUCUCGCCGUUCACGCGCGGGAGAAGCUGCAGAGGACUCUCCUCAAGUGUACCUUCGGCGACAGGCAGGACGAUGCGCUAAUGGAUUGCUUGAAGAUGCCCGGCAUGCCCGAGAAGGCACUGCCGAUGCCUAAGGUGGGUGAGGUCGAUGUUCGCGAGUGGUUUACGGAGGAGGUUUGGAGGUUGGUUGGGUGGGAUGUUCUCAGUAGCAGUAAUGAGAAGGUAUCUUGAGUCACUGUCUGAUGUGUGGAGGUGUCUGCUGGCUGAGGGUGACAUCUCGCACGAUAGGGCGAAGUGCAUCAUACCCUGCGCCUUUUUGAUCCGCGUGAACGGUAUCGCAACUCGCACUUCACCAUGCAACACGCUUCCAUCGUCAAUGAAGUAAUCAACUAAACACACCAAAGUAGCAUUGAUAUCAAAUUCAACUCCCUUCCCCAGCCAAGAUUACGACACAAACGGCUGCUCAUUCAGAUGCAUUAUAUUGCUUUCAAUCAAACUGAAGCGGUUUCACAGAAGAUGGAAGAAGAUUCGUAGAUCGCGCCCCCAUCGUCCGAGCGAGCGGCUUGACACACCACGCGCGGCCGAAGGCGGCUAUGCUGGGCCGAUGCUGCCGACCGCCGACGGAUGCGCCACUGAUGGGGAUGGGAUGGCUGC